AUGGAAUUUCAAGGAUUUCCUCGUAUUCAUAGUAUAUUUUAUGCUGUCUUUGAUAUUAUCAAAGGUACCAUAGUCAAACAUCAAGUACCUGAAGGAAGUAUCACUUCUCAACUACACUCAACCACCGUUACUACAGAUGUCACCAAUAUCAAUAAUAAUAACAAUAAUUUCGCCAUGUCACCUGAGUCUAAUUCGUCUCCCGUAACGAAUGAUCCUACGACGACAAGUAACAACAGCAAAACACUUAUCGACUUUGAAGCGAUCAGCGGGUACAUUAUACCCAAGAAACAGUUAUACAAACGAUUAGUGACAAUUUGUACUAAAGGAUACAAAGUCAUGGGCUGUCCAGUUGUACUUCACGAUCAUGAGCGUUAUAAGCAUUAUCGAAACGAAUUCCGGUUCAAUUUAUGUUUUGUGUUUGAACAGGAUGCAGAAACGAGUAGCUAUGAAGCUAUUGUCACAAAACUAUCACGUGUAUUAGAAGGGCUUGAGCUUGAAUGUAACUUCUUAUCAAGCGAAGUUGGAGGAAAGGAUUCUUCAUCACAACAGCAGCAAACUGUACAAAACGUGAUAGAGCAGUUGUUUGAAGACUUGAAUAGCUAUUGUGAAUGCCAAAUACCAAUAAACGAGUUCAACACUAUUAAUUUGAAAUUAUUUCCUACCUAUCCUAAUCCACAACAGGUUUAUGACUAUCAUGUACCUGUAUUCACUGUGGAUAUAAAAAAAAUGAUGAGCCGCAAUUGGGAUAUUACGAUACAAAAGAUUGCCAGUUUGAUUAAUGGUGUUCACCAUGUUAAACGCAUUGCCGAAUUGGCCAACGUAAAAGCAGAGUGGGCUAGACAAAGCAUAGAACAUUUAUUGUAUUAUGGCUGCGUGAUUCUUAUAGACAUUUUCCAAUAUUCGAAUAUAUACGUUGCUAAGCAAGAGAUUACCCGUUUAUUUGAUCCUAAAUAUGGGCUUGCACAAGAGUGUAAGAAAUAUAUCAUGCUACCAGAUGCGCCAGAAAUCUCGGUAGAAAAAAUAUAUGCAUUAUAUUGUGGUCUAAAAUAUGGACUCACAGUGAAAGGUUGGAUGGAAGAGCAACAGGUGGCAUCUUUGAAUAUUGAUGAAAGACGUUUCAUAUCCUUUGGUGUCAUAAAGGGUCUAAUAUACAGAGUGCAUAAGUAUCCAAUACUU